AUGAAACUAGAGGUGGCAAUUGUCCCGUUUACUUUUGCUGCACACGCGCCAAGAUUACAAAUCCAGCCAGAAGGUGCCACAAUAGAAAAACCGGUAGAUUCCGGAUUGGCUCUUAUUUGCACCCCCAACGUGGAAAACCCUAACUUAAUAACGCAGUUAGAAUGGCGAGAUCCACGAAAUAGAAGAAUAGACACGACAGACUCCAGAGCUCCGCUCUAUAUUCAGCGAGCUUUUGGAGAAAUGACAAUCGUAUUGAUAUUUUCAAAGUUAACUGAAAAUUUCGCCGGAAAGUAUACAUGCGCAGCUAACUACGCCACGUCCGAGCAGUUGGUGGCGAGCACCACCGUGAAAACAAUUAUCGGAAUAACGUGGGUGAAUGCCCCUGAAUCUCAAUAUUCAACCAUCGGACGCGACUAUAAGAUAAAAUGCGAAAUAAAAGCGAAUCCCGAACCAAUCGUAAAUUGGUUGAAAGAUGGAGAGGAAAUUAAUGUAACGAACAGUAACAGAUACAUCACGGAUCAACAAGGGUUGCUGAUCAAGAAAGUUAGGGAAUCUGACGAUGGCGUAUACACGUGCAGGGCACUUGUGUUCAAAACUGGUCAAAUUGAAACCAGAAACAUUCGGGUAGAAGUUCAAAUUCCCCCACAAAUAAAACCAAUGGAACCAGUCGAGGUUGUCGAAGGUGAAGAGGCAUCAAUCAUUUGUAACGGUACCGGAAAACCGCCGCCGGCGUUCAAAUGGAUUAAGGAAAAAACGAGGGAAGAUCUGUCCAUCGUGGAUCGCUUCACUGUCAAGAAGACUACCGGUGCUCUGGUCAUUCACAGAGUUGAGUUUAACGACGAUUCACUGUACAAAUGUGUGGCCGAAAAUACUGCCGGAAUUAACGAAACGUCAGUCAAAAUUAACGUACUGGUGAAACCGAAGGUAUACGAAUUUUUGAAUGUGACUGAACCCGUAGGCAGCACUACUAAGAUUAUCUGUAAAGCUCAAGGCAGACCAGCGCCUAGCAUCUCAUUCAAAAAAUUGACAAAAACCGAUCCGUUCACGGACGGUGUACAGUCUUACGAUCCUCGAAUUAAGCAAGAAUUUAUUCGCAACGAGGAAAAGGGCGAAACUGUUGGUAUUUUACACUUCAACAAGCUGCGCCGAUCUGACGACGGACUCUAUGUCUGCAUCGCCGAAAACAAAGUCGAAAAUGCGUAUAAAAACGGUCAUAUCACAGUCCAGUUUCCUCCAACAUUUGAAGUAACUGAGAACUAUCCACCUGUUUGGAGUUGGGAGAAUCACCCCGGCAACCUCACCUGCAUUGCCGAGUCGAUACCCAACGCGACAAUUCAGUGGAAAUUUAAUGGAUUGCAUAUCGAGGAAAACAACACACCUAACAUUCAAAAAUUCGGAAACGGACCAAUAUCUUAUCUAAUCGUUACACCUUACAACGAUCACAGGUUUUAUUCAAUGUACGAGUGCAUAGCCACGAACACACUCGGUGUAGCCUCGAGACUGAUUGAACUGCGAAAGGCAACAGUCCCCGAACACAUUCUGCAAGUACGACCGGAGUCGGUUACGGCGACGACAAUUAAAUUUCACAUUGUCGGGCCUUCCAAUUUUCGCGGUUUACCGAUUCGCUCCAUCACUGUUCAGUACCAGACAGAAAGAGAGCGCACGUGGGCUACAGCUAAAGAGCACAUUUGGAGCUACAAUGCCAGUUACAUAUUGGAAAAUUUGGUACCUGAGCAGGUGUAUAAUUUUCGCUUUGCCGCGCGGAAUGAUGUUGGCAUUGGCGGUUGGUCGGGAGAUCAACAAAUCCAAAUGCCUAGGCGAUCCGUGCCUGCGGAACCCAAGCUUAUUAUUGAUGGACAACUUCCGGACGUCGGAUCCAAUUAUGUAGCCGCCGAUUUGGUUACCGAAAGUCACUAUGCCGACCACUACAAGAUGCAGUGGACGGUUCCUAAUGAUAACGGCGAUCCCAUUGACAGUUAUAUAAUUAGGUAUUGUGUGACUCAACGAGUGAAUGGUCUUUGGAGGGACUCCGAGAGCGAAUGCAGCGGGGAAAUCAUACAAAGCUAUCAACAUACGACGUACGAAAUGAGCGAUCUUCGACCUGAUACAACUUACAAGGUCGAACUACGAGCUCAUAACGCUAUUGGUUUAAGUUCACCUGCAGAAAUUAGAGUAAGAACGGCAAGAGAAGUGAGCCGUCCAUUAUUUUCAGUUUAAUUUUAGUUUUUUAUUGUGUUUUAUUUAAUUAGUUGUUUCGUCGACAUUAAUUUUAGUUUUUCAUUUUGUCGUAAGUACAUUUUUUGUCGAACUGAUGUAUGAAUGCGUGUGAGCGUUUGGUGCGUUUAGGGUAAUUUAAUGUUUCCCUACCUUGCCUAGGUGGUUUUUACGGAUCAACUACAAGUGCUGAUGUUUCUUUCGCGUUACAAGCGAUGGUGACUGUAGUAAUGGUGUUUUCCGCAUUCAGUUAAAAUUUAAAAAAUGUAUAAGAACUUUUAGAAGAAUUUUAAAUUGGUCAAUAAUUUCGAUCUUGAAUGUGUUCAUCACAUUUGAUAUACGUAUGUAAAUAUGUAGUCAUCGAUGUUAGCGAUUCCGUUAUAUUAUUCAGAUGCGAGAGACUACAUGGAAUGUUGCAGGCAUUUUUGAUCAUGAUUGUCUCAAAUUUUAGCAUGAUCUUCAUUUUGUUGUUAUACUACCUACAUUCCAUUUUUGAUUUGGUUGAUUUAAAAUGCAUGUAUCGGCAAGUGUAUUAGAGAGCUUCGAAAAGAAAUCCGUUUUUAUUGAGUUUUUAUUUUCAAAUUUAGUUUUUGUAACUAACAAUUAUUCUACUAUUUUGUAUGAUCACAUCAUCUUCCAUUUGCACAGAGUGAAUGAUUGAAUGAUAUUAGUCGCCGAUGAAUUGUAUGAUAUAAAUUAAUGUAAUGGGGUAAUCUUUUAAAGGAUUCGUGAAAUAUAGCUAACUUGAAUUGUCAAUCAAUUUGUCUAUAUCAUUCCAUAGCAUAGAUUUAAUGACAAAAACAAUUCAUAGAUGUAUAUAGACUUUAUGUACCUAUAGGUAAUUAAAAAUUGUUAAGAAAGAAUAAAUUUGUUACCAUUUUUAAAGUUUAAUACUAAAUAAAGGGUGGGAAGUUGCGUGUGGUUGGGAGAGUAUGUAUGAUUAGGUACAGUUUUUGCUUAUGGCUUAUUGAAAUUGCGCAUGUUACAUGUCUUUCGUGUGCAUUAUGUCUAAGGAUAAAUGAGAGGCUUAUUUCUGUUUGCAAUCUGUAUACUUUGUCAAAAUGGCCGCAUCUUGUUGUUAUUCUACAAUACAAAAAAUUUACGAAUGAUUUAUUCACUCCAACAUUUGCAAAUUUCAUUUUUAGUUGCAGUGUAAAUAGUAUUGUUACAAUAAUCAUACAAACCUGCAAGCUGCUCUAUUUAGCAAAUGAAUUUUGGAAAAAUUAAAUUGAUACAAUUU